GCGCGCGACUCGCUGGCCCGAACCGAACGGCCGUUCGGGCAGGAAAGGACGCAGCCGCGAGAGGUCGCCGCCCCCGUGUUUUUGUCGUCCCGGAGGACGCGCGGUCUCGCGAUAUUAACCGCGAUAACUAUAGCAACGCGCGGCGCACGGUAUCGAACAAACGGCGUGCAUACGCUGCGCUUCGGCAGCGGGAUUCAUUAUUAUCGAGGAGUUGAUCGCCGUUGUCGCCGUGAGGAAGGUUAUCGGCGGGGAAGAAGAAGCGUGCGCGCGCGCGACGUAUGUCUGAGGAGAAGCAGAACAAGGAGAGCAAGAAGGUGGCCGAGAGACCGGUCGCUGUGGGAAGGCCGCGCGGGGUCGCGCUGAAGAAUGAAGUGGUCGCCGAUAAUAUUCGCAGGGAGACGAACCUCCGCGAGAAAGCGUCGCAGCGCUCGUGGUCGCGCAGGUACCAACACCUGAGCGGCAAAUUUUUCCACGAGGUGCUGAUGGAAGAAUGCAGAAAAGCGGGACUUCCGCCGAGCACUUUCGAGCGUGACCCGCCGGAAGACGCGGUCGAACGUUCACCGAUUCCCCUGAAAGCCUCGCCGGCCGCCCCCAGAACGUCGUCCGCGGCCAUCGGCCACCGUUCGUCGCGCGCGGAACACAACCUGGAGUUCGCCGGCCGUCUGUACGUCUCCCCCAGGUGCACGAUCGAGCCGGCCGCGGACGAGCCGGAAUUGCACCGCGCGAUGCAACAGCAGAGAUUCAUCUUCCUCGGUUGACGACGCUCGCGAUGAUUCGCGAGUUUAUCUCUUCGACAUUCGUGCCGUGCUUUUCACACGAAACGAUCGUAUCUGCAUGCUUCGGGAAGAGAUCGAGAGAUAAACGCUACGUCUCGAGCGUCGGAUAUCGUGAGAAAAGCAACUUUUACAUGAUGACGUGUCUAUAUGUAUCUUUUGCGAUCAUUAUAUAAAUUACGCAAGGGAAUCUAAUAAAACGAACA